AUGUCUUUGGCUCCAAUUGACCUGUUCAAAGGAUGGCCAGCCACGCAUCUCCUUCCAAUCAACCGCUUCAAGGAAGCCGCCACCAAGAAACUAUCCGAUAAAUCGAUCCUGGAAGAGGCUUUCGGUUAUGGACCCGACGAAGGACAUUUCCCUCUUCGUCAGAAUAUAGCCAAAUGGCUGUCAGAUUUCUAUGCGCCUGCGCAACCUAUUGAGGCAGAGCGGAUCUGUAUUACCGGCGGCGCGAGUCAGAAUUUGGCUAGUAUUUUGCAGGUCUUUACCGAUCCCUUGCGAACCGAACGUAUCUGGCUCCCGGUGCCGACUUAUCAUCUCGUGUAUCGAAUAUUUGAAGAUUCCGGGUUCCAUGGGCGGAUGGGCGGUGUUCCGGAGGAUGAAUCGGGUAUGGAUGUCGAUGCUCUUGAGGAGGCCCUGGAGAGGUUCGAGAGUAGCCAUGCAAAUGAAAGCUCAUCGGGUCACUAUACUGCUAAGCCACACAUGGAGUACAGGAAGAUCUACACGCAUGUCAUCUACUGUGUUCCCAGCUUUUCAAAUCCCUCGGGGACGGUCAUGUCAAUCAAACGACGCGAGUCACUGGUCAGAAUUGCUCGAAAGUACAAUGCUCUCAUCAUAAGUGACGAUGUGUACGACUUUCUCUGCUGGACUCCUGGGUCUAGCACCGGAACCAUUGGGGAGUCUCUGAAACGUUUUGUCGAUAUCGACCGCACUCUCGAUAAUGGGCCUCACGAUCGUUUUGGCAACGCCGUGAGCAAUGGAUCAUUCAGUAAGCUCAUUGGUCCUGGCUGCCGAGUCGGUUGGGCUGAAGGAACCGCGAGCUUUGUCUACGGGCUGUCUCAAGCUGGUCAAACUCGAUCUGGCGGUGCUCCUUCGCAGUUGAUGUCCACUUUUAUCAACGAGCUCCUUGAGAGCGGAUUCGUGCAGCAGUAUGUCACAACAGAGCUCAUUCCCCAAGGCCGUCGGCGGUAUACCACGAUGUCGUCCGCCGUCAGCGAGUUUUUGGUUCCUCUCGGUGUCACCUUCUCACCGGAUCAUGAGAAAGGCGCCAUGGCCGGGGGUUACUAUAUUUGGCUCAAUCUUUCUGAGCCACUCACUGCUGCUGAAAUAUGCCAAAAUGCAGAGAAAACGCAAAACCUUGUAGUAGGGAGCGGUGACAUCUUCAUAGUCCCGGGUUGCUUGGCACCUGGGAGCGUGCAUCGGGGUUUAAGACUGUGUUUCAUGUGGGAAGAUAGUGAACGACUGGUUGAGGGUGUGAAGAGACUGGCGGUUGUUAUCAAAGCAGUGCAAGAUGGGGGCCAUGUAUAG